AUGUCACCGCACUCGCAACCGCUCGAGCUACAUGAACAUAUAAUCGACCAUCUCCACAACGACAUCCAUGCACUCAGGGCCUGCAGCCUUACAUGCCAAGGUUGGCUUCCCGCUACCAGAUGCGUCGUCCUCGUACGGGUGUCGGACUGCCUUCGUUUCCUCGAUGCCCUAGAAUCCUCCGCGCAGACUCACACAAGGAUUGCCGACUACGUUCGCGAAUUCAAGCUCCCCGAUAUGAGUCUCAUGAGCCGGAGGCGACUUCGCCGAAACCGCUGGCGUUUCGAGCUGUUGUGCAGGAUACUACGUGACCUGCGUAACCUCACCUGUCUACGGGUGAAUGGCUUCGACUGGGAAGGCUUCAUUCACCUGUUACGCGCGGAGGCAGGUGAUGAAAGCUUGCGGGAGGCGAUGGCUGCGUUCUUCCCGUGCCCGACGCUCAAGAAGCUGUUCAUCGAGUCCUUGGAGUUACAUUCGCCAGACGAACUCACCCUUCUCAUAUCCAUCUUCCCUCGACUCUCCUGGCUGGAUCUCUCAGUCCUCUUCAAAUUCAGAGACUCGUUGCCAGACAAUCGCAGCACCUCGGUGAACUCGCAGCGCGCUGCGAGCUCGCCGGCUGCGCUUGCGAGGAUCUUGGAAUCUUUACUCUCACCUCCGUUCGAAGGGAGCUUCCAUGAAGUGAUAUGGAUGUCGAAGUCACUUGAAAGGCGUUUGGUCAGUGAUACUCACCUACUGAAGGAGGUGCUGCGGAAGUCGGAGACUACCUUAGAGUCCCUCAGUGUAGUACUCCCUGAUGCCGAAUGGCUGGGAGACCUCGACCUUUCCCGACAUCAACGGCUCACGACUUUGCGCUUCGACUUCGGCUUCGCUGCCGACGAUAUGUAUUUCGGCGCGUUGCACGUCUUUUACGCAGAACUCACGUCGGGCCACCUACGCAAUGUCCACAUGCUUUUCGAGGUGCAGGAUUGUCCCGAGGACUGGGCCCACGUUGACUGGCCACAUCUGGACCAAACUCUUGCGGCUCUCCACAUGAGAUGUCCCUCAUUGACCAUCACCUUCGAAAUCUUCAACGGUGUGCAUAUAGAUGAAGUUGGACUCAACGUCAUACAGCCUCUCCAGGAGCGACUGACACAAACGAUCGCAGCGGGGAUGCGCGUUGAAGUGAUGGCUUCCGCGGUGGUGUUCUGUCGGUCGGAUGAUAGCGGCGAAUUGGUGACAGUGAGUGACACCCUGUAA